AUGGCAAGUUCUCACCUUGGCAUACCGAUCGAGAAAGAAUCCAAUUUACUACGUACUCGUGAACUGAGCAAGUCGGCACAGAUACUCACAAAAUCUAACACACUACCAGAAUCUGAAAAGGCUCCCAGUACACCGGAUUCUCGCGGGUCAGAGAACUUGACCAAGCAACCCUGGUAUUCAUCAAUGAUGAACCUAAUGAGAACAAAAUCAAAAAAGAAAUUAUAUUCUCCGACGGAUUCCGUGAAUCCUAGUCCGAAUUUAGACGAAAAUGUUCCAUGGGAGAAACGGCUAUCUGGCGAUUUUUAUGCAUCGGAAUUCAAACAGAAGAUUCUCACACCAAAGCGUCGUCGAUCACGUGUAAUUUAUAGGAAUCUGAAGCCGCGCGAUUCGUUUCUCCAUUCUCAACAAAGACAAGAGGAGUUCCUAAAGAAACAGCUCUGUGAUAUUGAAGCACAAAUGGAAUACCUCUCUGGGACAAUGAAAUUCGAAGUUGUUGGUGUUUCCGGUCCAAGUCAGUAUCUUAACAAAGAUGAGUUCAAAGUUAAUCUGCGGCAAGGUUCACCUGUACUCCAUUCACUUUACGAGUGUGAUGGUGUUAAAAACGCCCUACUUCCACUGCACAAAACGACAUUUAUUGGCAUGAAUUCAGUUACAACUGAUGAUAAGUGGAGUUUGCAUGGUCGUGUUGAAUCUGGUUCUACGUUUAUGCGCAGGCGUAAAGAUUCACUUCAAAUGGUUUUGGGGAAAGACGAAUCUUAUGUAUUUCCCAAACAAAUUUGGAACCAUCCCGGGUACAUCUUCAGUCCGACAAUUCAUGGGGUAUUUACUUUAAAGUCAGCGAUUGAGAAGAUUAAACGAAGUGUUAAACUCUCACGAUAUUUGUCUUUAUUCCGUAUCGAUGAAAUGGAAGGAGGGGACUCAAUGCUUCAAAUAAUAGUGAUUCUUGAGGCAGUGAUUUUCUAA